UGCAUGUGUCGAGGGCGUUGCGAGGAUCGUGGUGUGUCUUGAUUAUUCACUGCGCUUCGCGCAUCAGAUGGUGUGUCGAUGAUUCUACGUUGGCUCGAUGGCCCCAGUGGACGCGAUGUUCUGUGUAUUUCAGGGUGCUCUGAAACUCGCUGUCCUUUAUGCAUUUCACAGUGCUGUGGACCUCACACUACUUUAUGCAUUUCACGGUGCCGUGGAUCUCACGGUGCUUUGUGGGUUUCGCAGUGCUGUGUACCGGUGCUUUAAGCAUUUCACAGUGCCGUGGACCUCACGCUGCUUUAUGCAUUUCACGGUGCCGUGUACCGGUGCUUUAUCCAUUUCACAGUGCCAGUCGCCAAAGAUUCAGGAUUUCUGGAUCUAUGGGCGCUAUAGUCUUCUGGAGUGGCCCAAGUUUUGUGGACUUGUUACAGUUCCAAGAAUCUCAUCCAAGUCCAAUGAUCUCACGACGUUUCGAUGGUCUUGUGAUGUUUGGGUGUCUGGGUGUUUUGGUGACCCGCAGGUACUUGGUGGUUCCUGGCGGAAUCUCACGCCGUCUCUUGCACUUCAGAGUGGCUCGUGGAUCGAAGAUAUGGCGGGAACAUCUCCGAACGGUCGGGGAGUCUCCAGAACUUCAGAACAUCUCUCCGGCCUCCUACUAAUUCCAGCAUGUACCCACGUGAUCGUCGCCACAUGCUGCCAUUGGCACCAUGCUUCCACGUCGCCCCCUACAAUUGUCGGUGUGGCCAGAAGUCCAGCAUGAAAACACAAUGCUCGUGGCUACACGGACGCGCAAGCCCCAUUUCGCACCCAUUGCAGACAUGUUCCUUGAGCGCA